AGGAUGAGCAUCAAAAGUCAGGCAUAUCUGCUACCUUAGAGAAACCGGAUAGAACCCGUUAGGCUGUAAGCUGCUUCCACAUUUCCUUUUUUCUGCUUUUCACAUUUGGUAGUAUAUCCAUUGAUGCACACUGCGUGAUGAACCCAAAAAGAGAGUGCGUAUAUAUAGAGGGCAAUCUCCAUUGCCUUGCAGCCUCAUACAAAAUCAAGCUCACCAAGAGAUCAGCAGCAGCAGCAUUGAGCAGAGUGGGAUGGGCAGGAUCAAGUUCUUUGGCUGCCUCCUACUCUUCAUUUCUCUCCUCCUACCGAGCUUCACAGAUUCUCAAAUAUUAUUUCAGGGGUUCAAUUGGGAAUCAUGGAAAAAGCAAGGGGGAUGGUACAACUUCAUGAAAACUAAAGUUCCAGAGCUGGCUGCAUCUGGUUGUACGCAUGCAUGGCUCCCUCCAUCCGCUCAGUCUGUUUCACCUGAAGGAUACUUGCCAGGAAGGCUUUAUGAUCUCAACUCAUCGAAGUAUGGAAACCAAGAUGAAUUAAAAGCUCUCAUACGAGCCUUUCAUGACGAGGGGAUCCAAUGCAUAGCAGACAUUGUUAUAAACCAUAGAACAGCAGAGAAGAAAGAUGGGAGAGGAAUAUGGUGCAUCUUCGAAGGUGGAACUCCAGACAAUCGCCUUGAUUGGGGACCGCAUUUUAUUUGCAGUGAUGAUACUCAAUAUUCGGAUGGCACCGGAAAUCCCGACAGUGGAGAAGGCUACGAAGCUGCCCCGGACAUUGACCAUGUAAACCCACAAGUUCAAAGAGAGUUAUCGGAUUGGAUGAAUUGGAUGAAGACUGAGAUUGGGUUUGAUGGGUGGAGAUUUGACUUUUCCAAGGGAUAUUCUCCAAGUUUCACCAAGUUGUACAUGGCAAAUACCAUGCCAAAAUUUGCAGUAGGGGAAGUUUGGGACUCACUUUCUUAUGGAAGCGAUGGAAAACCAAACUACAAUCAGGAUGCUCAUCGACAAGCACUCGCAGGAUGGGUUCAAGCAGCUGGUGGCAGUGUGAUGGCAUUUGAUUUUACAACCAAGGGAAUACUCCAAACUGCAGUUGAAGGUGAGCUGUGGCGGUUGAAGGACUCAAAUGGAAGGCCUCCUGGGCUGAUUGGUUUGUUGCCUGCAAAUGCUGUGACUUUCAUAGAUAAUCAUGAUACAGGUUCCACUCAAAAGCUCUGGCCCUUCUCAGCUGACAAAGUCAUACAGGGCUAUGCUUAUAUCCUUACUCAUCCAGGGGUUCCAUCCAUUUUCUGGGACCACUUUUUCGAUUGGGGUUUGAAAGAGGAAAUUACCAAACUCAUUACAAUCAGAAAUAGGAACGGGAUCAAACCAAGUAGCAGUCUGCGUAUUCUAGUCUCUGAUCCAAAUCUUUAUCUAGCUGCAGUAGACGAGAAGCUCAUUACCAAGAUUGGGUCAACAUAUCAUGUGCCAACCAGCCUUGUCCCUUCAAACUUCCGAAUUGCUACUUCUGGGAAUGAUUAUUGUGUGUGGGAGAAAGCCAUGUAAUGCAGUCUUUAUCAUCUCCAAAAUGGAACACGUGAUAAGUGAAGUCAAGGCCUUCAAGGCCUCCAUCAUUGUGUCACGUUAUUAUGCAAUAAUAUACAUAAACAUCCAAAUUACAAUAUCAAUAAGUUAAUUAAUUAUGUAAUUACAGUCUAUUUUAC